AUGGUUAAAAGUAUGGUCGAGGUCUACCAAUCAAAACAAGUCGCUUAUGCUCCACACGUCAGACAUCCUUGCCCGAAGCACAUGGAUAAAGAAGAAGAACUGUACUGCUUUGACUGCUCAACAACUGUCUGCCAUCUGUGUGCGGUUAUAUCCCAUAGGGCAUGUCGAAAGAUAGGCACAGUGACGGAAGCUGCACAACAACGUCGAGAAACCUGGCAGGGAUACUUAAAGCAAAUACCUGGUUUAAUAAACGAUGCGCUCGAGUCUGAUAACUUAAAAGAACGCUAUUGGAAAGAAAUAAAUAAUAACAAGGCCGGUGUUGAAAAAGCAAUCAAAGAAGCAGCCAAGAAAAUGCAUAACAUUGUUACUGUUGAAGAAGCCCAACUUUUACGGCAGGUGCAAGGCAACUACGACAACCUAAGAAAUAAAGCAAUGACAUUUAAUGAACAGAUGAAAAAACUGAAGUCCUUUGAAAUGAACGUAUCGUCAAAGUUAUCGUCAUCCUCAGAUUUCGAUUUAUUGGUAGAUAAAGAUGCUUCACUUGCUAUAGAUUCGUACAGCCAACAGAACCAAGCCGCCAACAGAGAUUAUCGCCGCUCCUGUGAAACACUUGCUUCUGUGAGAUGGAGCUUUCACCCACAGAACGUUUGCCGUGUAACUCUGGGUAGGGUUGCAUUUUCCGGUAAAUGA